CUUACAUAUCAAUAUGAAUAAUAAUUCAAUAUCAUCAUAUCUUCGCAGGGUACAGUGUUCAUAUUUAAUCCAAUGGAGGAGCGGGUUUUCAUGUAGUGGGCAUACCGUUGGUUUAUACAUGGGUUUUCAGACAUAUUUGGAUUGAAAAGCGGAAAUAAGCACCUGAAAAGACUGGAAAGGAAAAAUCAUGGCUGGAGAGAGGAGACCUCAUGCUGUUCUGGUUCCUUUCCCCGCCCAAGGCCAUAUCAAUCCCAUGAUGCGGCUGGCGAACAAAUUGGUUGAACAAGGAUUUGUAAUCAGUUUCGUCAAUACCGAUUACAACCAUUUUCGUAUUGCACAGGCCAACAAAUCCAUCGCCAAUGGCUUUGAUUCUCGGGAAGGUAAAAGUCAUGGCGCUAUUCGUUGGGUAGUCGUCCCAGAUGGCCUUCCUCCCACCGAUACUCGCACAGACAUAGCCAGUUUGUGCCAUGUGACAGAAAACAUCAUCGUUUCCUUCAUCGACAAUCUCAUUGGGGAGAUGAAAAAGCAGAACCCUCAGGAGAACAUCUGUUUGAUAACGGACUGUAUGGCGUCCACCGCGUUAGAUGCAGCCAAACGCCACCGAAUUCCAAUGGCUGCUCUCUGGACCUCACUUACUGCCACCUAUGCCAUGCUCUAUAAUUUGCCCAAUCUCAUCUCCUCCUCUCUUCUUCCUUCAAAUGGAGUCCCCAAGGAUUGUACGAUGGUGAAAUACCUUCCCUCCAUGCUGCCUCUCUGCUCUGCACAGCUUCCUUGGGCUGUUGGAUUCAACGAAACCCAGCAAGAGUUUAUCUUCCGCUUCAUUGAGCGUUACAUGGAAAGAACGAGAGAGCUCAAGUGGGUGUUAUUCAAUUCUUUCUAUCAUCUGGAAGCCCCUAUAAUCGAUGCCCUAAUCGCCCAAGGAGCAUCGGUCUGUUCAAUUGGUCCCUGUAUCCCUUCUCCCCGUCUGAAUGGGGAAGUUCAUUCAGAUAUCACGGCGAACUUCUGGUCAGAGGAAGCAGAAUGUCUGGAGUGGCUAGACAAGCAGUCUCAUAAUAGUGUGGUGUACGUGUCCUUCGGAAGCCUGGCAAUAGUGAACCAGAGACAGUUAGAAGAAUUUGCGCUGGGUUUGGAGGCUACCCAGAAACCGGUUCUGUGGGUUCUGCGAAGUGAUCUCAUGGACGGUUCAAGCGCUGUACUUCGUCCAGGAUUCAUGGAAGCCACCAAAGAUCGGGCAUAUUUUGUGCCAUGGUGUCCACAGAUGCAGGUUCUUUCUCAUCCUUCUAUUUCUUGUUUUAUCACUCACUGUGGAUGGAAUUCCAUAGUGGAGAGCAUCGCCAUGGGAGUGCCCAUGCUCUGCUGGCCUUACUUUGCAGAUCAGUUUUUGAACUGUGUUUAUGUGGUAGACAUGUGGAAGAUUGGGCUGGCUUUUAUUACAGACAGCGAUGGAACAGUAAGAAAGGGGGAGAUCGAGAAGGCGGUGCGGAUAGUGUUUGAAGAUGAGACAAUGAAGACAAGAGUGAUGAAAUUAAGGGAGAAAGCAAAAGAUGCAGUGAAGGGCGAAACAGGAUCCUCUUCUGCAAAUUUUCAAAACUUUGUGAAGGCGAUGAGGGAGGAAAUCUGUGACAAAUAACUGUUGUUUGAGGAGGCGUUGUUCUGUCCUGUUCAUCGUCCUGUAUGGCGCUACUUCCUCAAUUAUUUUCCCUGCCCUGCCUCCAGCUUAGUCUCUUCAUAAUUUAGUGUAGAGAAUACUGUUCUAAUAAAGGCAUAGUCCAACUUCUGCAGGGCGAUCUUUAUACAGAGAUCAGAAAGUUGUAUUCAGAUUUUCAAUUACAUAAUACAAUCAAAAGUGCAUUCAUACCUAUAGGUAAUGCGCUUCUCCAACAAAUGGAUGGAAACAACGUUUUGUCUGAAAUCUCAAUGGUAAGGAAUAUUUUGUAUAUUAAUUUUCAUCGGCUCUCCUAAAAUUUGAGUCAUUUUUCGGUA